AUGGACGGCACCGCGCACGCCGGCAGCGAGGGCUAUGAUGCAAUUGAGGCGGGCAGCCGGCCUCCAGCUCCUCCAAAGUCGCCAGAGCUCAGGGGGUCCAUGGAGCGCGACAUCCGCGUUUCCAUAGAGGCCUUCCGCGGGCCACCGGCGGCGGGCACGAUGAGCCCGAUGGCCCAAUCGAUGCCUGAGGCGCCGAUUCUGGACAAGGAGGGGGUGAAGGGGUCGCUAUUGGACGCCAUCCCGGAGUCUGGGAGGGUGGGGGUGCAGUUCAGGGGGGUCAAUGGCUGGGUGCCGGCGACGUUUCAGAAGCCGGGGAUGGGCAGGGCGCUGCAGAAGAUCGGGAGCAAGAUUAGGGGCGAGCAGCCGGCGGGCGCCAGGCGGCAGAUACUGUACAAUGUUUGUGGCAGCGUGUCACCUGGGGAGGUGCUGGCGCUUAUGGGGCCAUCAGGCUCAGGCAAGACAUCCUUCAUCUCUGUUCUGGGAGGAAGAAAACCAAAGUUAAUGGAAGCCGAUGGUGACAUUCUUUUCAAUGGCAGACCUCUUAACAAGGCCAUGAAGAGGCGAAUCGGGUUUGUUCUCCAGGACGACCUUAUGUAUGCCUCUCUCACUGUUGAGGAGACCCUGUACUACGCGGCCAUGCUGAGGCUGCCAAAGACCAUGACAAGGGCUCAGAAGAAGCAAAGAGUUGAUACUGUCAUCGAAGCCCUUGGUCUUGGGAAGUGCCGUGACACUCUCAUAGGCGGUUUCAUGAUGCGUGGUGUGUCGGGCGGUGAGCGGAAACGCGUGUCCGUUGGGCACGAGCUGCUGAUCGACCCAUCAUUCCUGCUGUUGGAUGAGCCUACAAGCGGCCUUGAUGCCACUACUGCCAUGAACCUGCUGACCACCCUUAGGCGACUGGCAGAGGGUGGUCGGACUGUGCUGACCACCAUCCACCAGCCAUCCAGCCGAAUCUACAGGCAGCUGGACAGUGUACUGUUGCUCAGUGAGGGCCACACGAUGUACUAUGGAUCAGGCAAGCUGGCCAUCGAGUGGUUCACCAACCUGCACUACAAAUGUCCCUAUGGUGUGAACAUCGCGGACUACAUUCUGGACCUGGCGAAUGGGGAUGUGUUGGCCGAUGGCAGCCGUGAUGACGAGGCAAGGGAGGGCCUCAUAGCUCGUUACCGCUAUUUCAGUGCAUCUCAUCCCCAAGGCCUCCAGGAUCAGGCCGAGCUUCUGGACGCCAUCCCAGCCACGGGCCUAAAGAGCUUUGAGAAUGCGCCAGCAACUUUGCAGGUUAAGGUCACGGAUGGAAAGCACGCUGAGCAGCUUGAAGAGCUGGAGGAGGAAGAGUCAUCAUUGAUGAAGCGGUCUGAUAGGUGGGGUGCCAGCUAUUGUGGACAGAUCGGCAUCCUGUUCCAGCGCUGUGUGAAGGUCCGGAGGACCGAUGCCCUGGGGCUGCAGAACUACCUCCGUCUGCUGCUGGUGGCUGCCAUCGCAGGGAUCCUGUGGUGGCAGGUUGGUGGAGGCGACACCCUGCUGGCCGCCUCUGACGUUGUUGGCCUCCUAUUUUUCGAGAUGCUCUUCAUGGGCUUCUAUGCCAUGUUCCGGGCCCUGUUCACCUUCCCCUCUGACUUCAACAUGAUGCUCAAGGAGCGGCGCAGUGGCAUGUACCGCCUGUCCACCUUCUACAUCGCUCGCACGCUCUCCGACCUCCCCAUGGACUGCACUAUCCCCAGCUUGUUUGUCAUCAUCGUCUACUGGUCCACUGGCCUAAGGGUCACUUUUGUGGCAUUCCUGGCUAACUGGCUGUCGAUCAUGCUCAUCACCCUGGUGGCCCAAUCUCUGGGAAUGCUCAUUGGAGCCAGCGUGAUGGAUGUCCAACAGGCGCAGACCAUCAUAUCUGUGCUCAUGCUGGCACUGAUGCUUGUCGGCGGCUUCUAUGUUCGGGACGUGCCCGACUGGGUGGGGUGGCUAAAGUAUGGGAGCUUCAUGUGGUGGGGCUUCAGCCUGCUGCUGAAGAUCGAGUUUGGGGACCGGUCCUUCGUGGACUGUGGCGGGCUGGGCGAGUCGAACGAUGGGGUCGCGGAGUGCGUGCCUGUGGACAGUCUGCAGAAUGCAUUGAAUCUGCCGUCGGACGUCAAUGACUCCGUCUGGCCUGAGGUUGUUUUUCUGUUUGGGUUGCUGGUCUCCACCCGUGCGAUCAUCUACUACGUGCUGCAGAGGAAGACAAGGUCGUGA